AUGACCACGGCAGGCCGGGCCCAGGCCGAUGGGGCCACGGAACGCCAAAACCGGACGCUUGAAGACUCGCUCCGCUGCGAGACGUCCUAUUUGGGCACGGACUGGGCCGACCACUUAGCCACCAUUGAGUACGCCCAUCAAGCCCUCGUCCAGACGUCCACGGGCGUGUCGCCGUUCGAACUCGACACGGGCCGCGUUCUCCGCAACCCUCUUCUGCCUCUGGACACGCCCAACGCUCUGGUCGUUUGCCAUUGUCGAGGCUUGCAAGCGCUUCGAGUACCUGCUGUUGCGUCCGGUUGGUUUCCGCCUAUUCACGUACCAUCGGAAUUUGGUAUACAUGUUCCAACUGGUGGUGGUGGUGCACACAUCGCCAAGUAUCAGGCCAACAAGCUACAACGCUUGUCCAUGGUAAUGUCGACGUUCCCCUACGUGAUCGAGCCGAUCGCGGGGGACGAAAACGUUUGGGGGGACCUCCUGAGUCGGUGGGGCACGGUGAACCGCGACGCCAACCGUUCACGUGUCUACCGACUGGUCCAACUGGUGUCGCCAUUGCGCUCCAACAACUUCGAGUGGCCGCCCUGGACGACCGACAUUGAUGACAAAUCCCUCGUCAAGUGGUCAGUCGACAAGAACGUUCUGUCAUGCUGUCGGAUGCCACGUGGAUCCCGAGCGGCUGUGUGGACAUAA